GUAAAUCUCUGGAUAUUUUUAGUGGCUUUGCCUUUUUUCUGAAAUUUCUGUCUUUCUUUGUUGUAGACCUCUUGGACAAGUCAACCCUGAAUUCUACUAAAGUCAUAAUAGGUGGUGGUUAAACUACAUCAUAGUCUUGUAAAUUUAUCUACAAAUCAUGAAAACUGUGGGAGAGGUGUCAUCUUUUGCUUUAUUUAUUUUUGUAAUUAAUUUAGUAUAUUACAUCUUCAUUCAGCUGAUUGGCUAUAUCCUUGAUUUGAUCUUUAUUAGCCCAAAUCUUGUGACUGGUAUUAUUAUGAUAGUGAGUAACAUUACAUUUAUAUCAGCGGUUACAUUAUGGCUAAAAUCUCUCCCAGCACCUACAGAUGACUACGAUAAAAAAUACAUGGAAAAAGUGGAUGAAAAGGUUGAAACAAAGUUGAAGAUUAUAUCCUGCAUGACAGUAGGUCCACCAACAGUUGGUAAGACAACACUAAGAGAACAACUACGUAAUAACAAACAAAAAAAGGAUUGCAAGAGACCACUUAGUACACAAGUUGCAGACAAAAUCAAAAAAUUUCAAUUCACAGCUGGUAACAACAAAUGGAACCACAUGACAAGUGAUGAGGAGCUCACAGGGUUUGUUAAAGGACUUGAAAAAGAGCAAACUUCUUUAGUGGCUAUUGUGUUUGCUUCUCUUUUUUUCAUAGCACCAACAUGGAUGGCAAUUGUAGUAUUUUGUAUCAAAGAAAAUGAGAAUGAGAACUUAAGCCACUUAAAGUUUUUCAAAUAUUUAAUCCUAACAGUUUCUUGUCAAGUACUGUUCAUGAUGGUAUUAUGUGAUAACCCUAUACCUCCACACAUUUACAAAAACAUAACUAUUGAAUUUGUGAGGAAUACCAUCAGUAAAAAAAUAUUCAAAAAGACGCCACCAAUUUAUUCUGAUACUUUGUUAGUUCAUUUCAGAGACAGUGGAGGCCAACCAGAAUUUCAUGAAGUCAUACCAGCACUAAUGCCCCAAUCAACCUUAUACCUUAUAAUGUUUAAUCUUAAUGAGGACCUUGAGAAGGAGUACAAUGUAACUUAUAAAGCAAGUGAAGAAGAUACAAGUGCAAGGUAUAAAAGCAGUUUUACUGUCAAAGAAACUAUACUACAAAUACUAGCAAGCAUACAAUCUCUUCAUAAUUAUGAAAAACCAGGCAUUACUUCUAGUGCUCUUAUCAUUGGAACACAUAAAGAUAAGAUACAAGGUACAAGACAACUUCAACAGAUACAACAAGAAUUAGAGAAAGAGAUAAAAGGAACUGACUGGUACACAAGUGAUGCUAUAGCAACUACACCUAAUGGAGACCUUAUACUACCAAUUGAUACAUAUAAUCAUAAUGAUGUUGAGACAGUUAAAGAUAUGAUCAAACAGUCUACUGCUACUAGAAGCUACAAGGUACCAGUAACAUUCAUAGCACUGUACUUCACUAUUGAGAAAUUAAACAAACCAGUCAUGUCAUUCAAAGAAUUUAAAAAUCAUGCACGUGAUUGUAACAUUAAAUAUGAAGUUGAACUAAACCGAGUCUGCCAGUACCUUCAAGACACAAUGGGUGCUAUUCAAUACUUCAAAAAUAUUCCAGAGAUGAAAGAUAUUGUCAUAACUGAUCCACAAAUAUUGUUUGAUUUAGUCAAUGAGCUAAUAUUGUGCACCUUCACCUUCAAGAAUAUAAGAACAAUGGACAGUAGAAAUCAAGCAGAAAGAUUCCGUUUUUCAGGUCGUUUCACAAAACAAGUCUUACAAGAGUGUGAUAUAAUAAAGAGAGGCUUACUAACAGCAGAUCAAGUUAUACCUAUCCUGAUACAUUUGAGUAUAAUAGCACCAGUUGGUAUCAAUAGUAAAGGCUAUGAAGAAUAUUUCCUUCCUUAUGUCCUAGUCCAUGCUCCAGUAUCUGUACCUGCUAGUAUGCUAACUGUUGCUACUGGUUAUUCUCCAUUAUUAGUUACAUUUAAGUGUGGAUACACUCCUAGAGGAGUCUUUAGUUGUCUUAUUUCUUCUAUUCUGUGCUGUAAAGGUCAGUGGGUGUUAUCUUCUGAUAAAAUAUAUCGCAAUCAAGUUAUGUUUCAUCUCACUGAGCAUGGUCAUUAUGUUAUACUCAAAAAUUGCAUCAAACAUUUACAAGUUACCAUUACAGUGUGUCAUGGGUCUACUAUUUCUGAUGUUCCUUUUCCCAAAAUUCGAGGGUUCCUUUCACAGCAUUUGUCAAUCAUUAUAACCAAGCUGAGAUAUUCUGCCAGUAAAGUAGGUCAUUCAUUUGGUUUCUAUUGUACACUAGAGGAUCAUGCUACAAGUGAUCCUCAUAUAGCCCAGUGCAUCAGUAAUGUGCAGAAUCCACACAUAAAGUGUACUAUUGGUCCUUCUCCAAUGACAGCAUCUCUCACUCCAGAGCAAGCUAUCUGGUUCAAAGAUGAUUAUAAUUCUAAAAGAACAACCUUUGAUAUAACACAUCUCUCUAUGGUACUUCAGUUUCUAACUGAUAAUCAUUAUGAUGCUACUGCUUGGCGAAGGUUAGGACUAGCACUGGGAAUCUAUCAACUAACACUUAACAAGAUUGAGAGUGAUGCCAGAGGUAAAACAGAAGACUGUUUAAUAGAAUGUCUGUCAGCUUGGUUACGUCAAGAAGAUAAUGUGAAAGAAAGUGGAAUACCCAAUUGGUAUACUUUAGAAAAAGCACUUGAUUCUAUCAGACAACGCAGUAUUGCUGAUCUACAUUGUAGCUUAUGCUAGCAUUAACUUACAUGUAUAUGCACAUGAACCAAAAACUAUGCAUUACUAUAACUUAAACCAACAGACAGACACACACAUACAAACUAGCUGCAACAGAUAUAUCAUAGUAC